AUGGACUACUACUUCUAUUACACUUCCAUUCUCUCCCUUUUUCUCCUUAUUGUUCUUCCAUUAAUCUUCCUCCUCUUCCACAAACAAAACUCCCAGAAAUCUCAUCAAACCCUACCGCCGGGGAGGACCGGCCUCCCAUUCAUCGGUGAGACCCUCGAAUUCCUCUCCGCCGGAUGGAAAGGUCACCCGGAGAAGUUCAUCUUCGACAGAAUGAACAAGUAUUCCUCACGAGUAUUCAAGACAAACCUAUUUGGUGAACCUGCCGUGGUCUUUUGCAGCGCUGAAGGCAAUAAGUUCUUGUUCAGUAAUGAGAACAAACUUGUUACCGCUUGGUGGCCUAAUUCUGUCAACAAAAUAUUCCCUUCCACUGCGAAGACUUCUUCCAAAGUAGAAUCGAAGAGAAUGCGCAAGAUGCUACCACACUUCUUUAAACCCGAAGCCUUGCAGAAGUAUAUUGGGAUCAUGGACGACAUUGCGCAGAGGCAUUUUGCUUCUGGAUGGGAAGGCAAAGACGAGGUUCUUGUAUUUCCUCUGGCAAAAAGCUACACAUUCCAGUUAGCUUGUAAGUUGUUUGUCAGCAUUGAAGAUCCUGAACAUGUCUCAAGACUUGCGCAACCUUUUAAUCUAAUCGCUUCUGGUAUUAUUUCACUACCUAUCGAUUUCCCCGGAACGCCAUUCCGAAAGGGGAUCAAUGCCUCCAAUUUCGUGCGGAAAGGACUCUUGAAGAUCAUCAAGAAGAGAAAAUUGGCGCAUUUGGAAGGAAAGGUAUGUUCUACGCAAGAUAUAUUGUGGCAUAUGUUGUCGACGAGCGAUGAGAAUGGAGAGUUGAUGAGCGAGUUGGACAUUGCGGACAAGAUUCUAGGGUUGUUGAUCGGUGGACAUGAUACUGCUAGCGCUGCUUGUACUUUUAUUGUCAAGUAUUUGGCGGAACUACCUCAUAUUUACGACCAAGUUUACAAAGAACAAAUGGAGAUUGCAAAAUCAAAGUCUCCAGGAGAGUUGUUGAACUGGGAUGACCUACAAAAGAUGAAGUAUUCAUGGAAUGUGGCAUGUGAGGUUAUGAGACUUGCACCACCUCUUCAAGGUGCUUUUAGGGAAGCCAUCAAUGACUUCAUUUUCAAUGGCUUCUAUAUUCCCAAGGGUUCCAAGGUAUACUGGAAUGCAAAUUCAACACACAAGAGCCCCGAAUUCUUCCCGGAACCCGAGAAAUUCGACCCGAGUAGGUUCAAGGGAAAUGGACCUGCUCCGUACACAUUUGUUCCAUUUGGUGGAGGUCCAAGAAUGUGCCCUGGAAAAGAGUAUGCAAGAUUGGAGAUACUGGUUUUCGUGCACAACUUGGUGAAGAGAUUCAAAUGGGAGAAACUGCUCCACGACGAGAAAAUCGUCGUAGAUCCUUUGCCUAUGCCGGCAAAGGGACUCCCAAUUCUCCUCCAUCCUCAUUAGGGAAUUAACUUGCUUCAUUGCAACACUGAUGACAUC